AUGAUCAGUAUCUCUAGUACGCGUGUCCCGUUAAUUCCUCCUGAGGAUAUUCCGCUAGAGGAUAAGAAGGAGAACGAAUUUGGUCAGUUGACAUCAGAAGAGUAUUUGUAUCAAAGUAAGUCCAGGGAUGGUAAGGCAUUACAGGACCCGAUAUUAGAUGCUCCCGCUUAUCAUGUUUCAUUGAUUACUUAUUUGAACUAUCUUAUUUUGAUUAUACUAGGCCAUAUCCAUGAUUUCUUAGGUCUUACCUUCCAGAAGGAAAAGCAUAAGGAUAUUAUGGAACAAGAUGGGUUAGCACCCUGGUUCUCCACAUUUGAGAGUUUUUACGUCAGAAGGUUGAAGCAAAGAAUUGACGAUUGCUUCUCUAGACCUACUACUGGCGUACCUGGAAGAUUCAUCCGCUGCUUAGACCGUGUCUCUCACAACUUGAACGACUACUUCACGUAUCCUGGUACUACAUCAAUGUGUCUAAAUCUUUCCUCGUACAACUACUUAGGUUUUGCACAAUCAGAGGGUCAAUGUACCACUGCAGCGCUAGAAGCCACCGAUAAAUACGGUGUUUAUUCUGGUGGUCCAAGGACCAGAAUUGGUACUACUGAUUUGCACGUCAUGACCGAAAAAUACGUCGCACAAUUCGUAGGUAAAGAAGAUGCAAUUUUGUUCUCUAUGGGGUACGGUACCAAUGCUAAUUUCUUCAAUUCGUUCUUAGAUAGCAAAUGUUUGGUUAUCUCUGAUUCUUUAAAUCAUACCUCUAUUAGAACUGGUGUCCGUUUAUCAGGAGCAGCUGUUAAGACAUUCAAGCAUAAUGAUAUGCGCGCAUUAGAGAAGUUGAUCCGUGAACAAAUUGUUCAAGGUCAAUCGAAGACUCAUCGUCCUUGGAAAAAAAUUAUCAUUUGUGUGGAAGGUUUAUACUCCAUGGAGGGUACCAUGGCUAACUUGCCUAAGCUUGUUGAAUUGAAGAAAAAAUAUAAAUGCUACCUUUUCGUUGAUGAGGCUCACUCUAUCGGUGCAAUGGGUCCAUCUGGACGUGGUGUAUGCGAUUUCUUUGGGAUACCUUGUAGUGAUAUUGAUAUUAUGAUGGGCACACUUACGAAAUCUUUUGGUGCCGCUGGUGGAUACAUUGCUGCUGACAAAUGGAUCAUCGACAGAUUUAGAUUGGAUUUAACAACACCUCACUAUGGAGAGCCUACUCCGGCUCCUGUGUUGGCCCAAAUCGCUUCAUCUUUAAAGACCAUUACGGGAGACAUCAACCCUGGCGAAGGUCAAGAAAGAUUACAACGUAUUGCAUUCAACGCUCGUUAUCUACGACUUGCGCUUCAAAGGUUAGGCUUCAUUGUUUACGGUAUUGCCGAUUCUCCGGUCAUUCCUAUGCUAUUAUACGCACCAAGUAAAAUGCCUGCAUUCUCCCGAAUGAUGCUGCAACGGAAAAUUGCAGUGGUUGUUGUCGCAUACCCAGCCACCCCAUUGAUCGAGUCGAGAGUCCGCUUCUGUGUAUCUGCGGCUCUAACAAAAGAAGAUAUCGAUUAUUUAUUACAGCAUAUCAAUGAGGUUGGAGAUAAGCUCUUCUUAAAAGUGUCCAGUGGAAAAGCAGGCGGGUCAUUAGAUGGCAAACCUCCAAGGUGGAAUAUUGAUGAAGUCAUUAAGAGAACACCUACUGACUGUAAGGACGAUAGCUUCUUCAGAAUAUGA